AUGGCUUCCUUCGAGUACAACACUGGUGCAGAUCUUGAGAAGAAGGUCUCUGCCAUCAACGUUGCUCCCAUCGAUCCCACGACUGAACUGCCCAUCUACGACGACAGCUCGAUAGACACCAUCACUGCCCUUGUCCACGAAGACCACCAACAUGACAUCAAGCUCCGGACCAUGUCAUGGCAGAAAGCUGCCUGGCUCCUCGCUGGCGACCAAGUAUGCCUCGCCAUCAUGGCUCAAUCCUGGUCCCUCUCCGUCCUCGGCUGGGUCCCUGGCAUCAUCACCAUGCUCGUCGCCGGCAUCCUCUUCUACGUCACCUCGAUGACCAUGCACAAGUUCAUCAUGAAGCAUCCUCGAAUCAAGGACAUCUGCGACUUUGGCUACCACGCUUUCGGCAAGAGCAAUAUCGCAUAUCACUUCACCGCCUUCAUGCUCCUCGCCAACAACAUCCUCCUCAUUGGCUUCCACGUCCUGACUGGUGCCAAGGUUCUCAACACCCUCUCCGACCACUCCAUGUGUACAGUCAUCUUCUCGGUCAUCACAGCCCUUAUCGGUAUCGUCAUGUCCCUGCCCCGGACACUCAAGCACGUCUCCUUCAUGUCCAUGUUCUCCGCCGCAGCCAUGGGCAUUGCCAUCCUCCUCUUCCUUGUCUUCGCCGGCAUUGAGGAUGCUCCAUACUACGGCUACAACGGAAACUUCCCCGAAGACGGCCUCGUCAAGACCUACGCCUUCCCACCAGCCGGUACCACCUGGGUUGCCUGCAUGAACGCAGUCCUCAACAUCACCUUCCUCUGGGUCCCGCAAAUCCUCUUCCCCACCUUCAUCGCGGAAAUGGAGAAACCCCAAGACUUCCCUAAAGCCCUCGCCGUCCUCGCCGGCAUCUCCGCCUUCCUCUUCAUCGUCCCGCCCGCCAUAGGAUUCCACUACCUAGGUCAAUACGCCACCGCUCCAGCCUUUGGAUCUUUGGGAGUCGUCGCCUACAAGAAAGCAUCCUGCGCCUUCGUCAUCGUCCCAACCCUGGUCAUUGGAGUCAUCUACGCCAACGUCAGCGCCAAGUUCGUCUACGGCCGCAUUAUGGGCAACUCCCGCCAUGGACACAGCAAUACUGUCAUUGGAUGGGGAGUUUGGGGUGGUGUCAUGGCUGCGAUCUGGCUGGUCGCUUUCGUGUUUGCGGAGGUUAUCCCGAGUAUGGGUGACUUUUUGUCACUGCUGGGUGCGGCUUUCGACUCGUUCUUCGGCUUCAUCUUCUUCGCUGUGGCGUACUAUCACUUGUACAAAGGGAAGUUGUUCGCUGGACCACUGCGGUCGACGAUGACGGUGGUGCAUGUUGUUAUCAUGAUCUGUGGUCUGUUCUUGCUGGGACCGGGGCUGUAUGCGGCUGUUAAGGCGAUUAUGGCGGAUUAUGCGACGACCACGAGGCCGGCGUUUAGUUGUAAGAAUUUGUCGUUGUAG